GUCCUAUGUGGCUCGAUUUCGACCCCCUGUAAGUUUCUAUCAUGCUCGGCAGUGCUAUAACUGUGGGGUUUUGGCAAGUGAUUUGUCUCUUAACUCUGAAGUUCGUACCCUGUCUGUGCAUCAUACUGGCCGCAGGCCGCCGGCAAUCUAGCCCUCGCUUUUCCGGCCGUGCUUGCUGGGGCCCGGUGGUUCCGCUCUGGUGUAGCCCCGGCGAUGCCCUCUGGUCCCCAAUAUCCAUCGAGGCCACGGAAUCCCUCAAGACCUUAUUAAUGUACUUGAUUAAGUAAAUAAAUAUAGCUAUAUAAGAGAAGCUGUAAUAAGGUUAAUAGAGUUGACGAAAAAGCUUACCUAGAUGUCGCGAUGCCUUCACGACAUCGCGCAGCCUUUGAGGG